AUGGCAUCGCCAAAGCCCCGCCGCGACUGGCUCUACCUCGCCGGCAUCGGCAUGCAGCUCAUGGGCAUGCUCAUCAUGGACCUCGUCCCCUUCUACCCCGCCUCCCUCUGGGAGCCCCCCUCGUCGCCCCUCCACGCCCUCGUCUCCCUCCGCGCCUCGUACGUCUCCCGCUCCGGCGACCCCUACAUGGACGCGGCCCUCGACGCCCACGAGCCGUGGUUCCGCCUCUUCCUCUACGUCGAGGGCCUCGUGCAGCUGCCCCUGGCCGCCUACCUCGUCUACCAGCUCGCCUCGUCCCGCCGCGCCUCGGGCCCCGCCGAGCUCGCCGCCCUUGUCUUUGGCUGCGUAACGGCCAUGAACGCCUCCGUCUGCUGCUUUGAACUGUGGCAUAUGGGGCCCGAUAGGCUGAGCCCGAGGUACAAGACUACCCAGCUCUACGGCACCUAUCUGCCCUUUGCCGUCAUUCCCGCCGUCAUGGCCGUCGACAUGUACCUGCGGCUGUUGCCUCGGGUGCGCGGGGACUCGUAUGUCGAGGCAAAGAAGAAGAGGUCAUGA